AUGACAACCCUCCGACCCUUCUCCGCCCUCGAUGUCCUAAAAUUCAACCCAACAAACCUCGAUCCCCUGACCGAAACCUACGACCUCUCAUUCUACUUCUCCUACCUAGCCCAAUGGCCACAUCUCUUCACCGUAGCCCUCUCCCCCUCCUCCACCAUAACCGGCUACAUAAUGGGCAAAACCGAGUCUUCCCCGCAAGCCCUCCUUCUCUCGAAAUCUCCCCACUACCUCCCAUGGCACGCGCACAUUACCGCUCUUACUGUUUCUCCAUCUGCGCGUAGAUUAGGACUUGCGCGGACAUUAAGUCAAGUGUUGGAAAAGGGAGGAGAUGAAUAUGAUGCUUGGUUUGUGGAUUUGUUUGUUAGGAAGAGUAAUUUGAUCGCGCAGGAACUUUAUAAAGGACUUGGGUAUAGUGUGUUUAGGACAGUGAAGGGGUAUUAUAACGAGUUUGUAAGGGAGAAGAGGUAG